AUGUCAUCAUCGUUGAAGGAGAAUAUUUUGGAUGCGUUGAGUUAUGUGGAUCGAUUGGAGUGUUGCGUAAAGCAUCCAUUGUCGUCCUAUUUUCAAGGUUCUGAAGAGGAGGAAGGUGUAUCCGAUUCAUCAUUAUCAAAGGGAGAAUAUCAUCAAUUUCAAGUUGAAAUAUUAAAAAGACAAAUUGAUAACAUGAUCAAGGAGGAAAUGAAGAAUUGUGAGAUGGAGGAAUAUCAUCCGAAUACAACAUCAAGUUAUGAACCUCAAUUUUCUAAUUCUACAACUGGCUUAUCGGAACAUUAUAAACAAAUGAUCGAAAAACAAGAAUUUGUUCCAUUCUUUUCAGAGAAGGAAAAGGAAGAAUAUUUGGAAACUAUCAAAAAGAAUGAACCAUUGUAUUAUUAUCAUAAUUGUAUACAUACUGAAUUAGCUAAGAAUUAUGGAGAGGAAUCACUAAGAAAAGCCAAUGAAUAUCUUCAAAAACAAAUUAAAUUAUUGGAAAGAGAAAAGACUCAAGUUUUACAAGAAAUUGAAAAUAUCAACAAGAAACGAAAACGAGAACAAUAUGACUUGAAAUACGAAUUGGACAAACUCAUUGAAAAAUCCACUAAAACCAAUCACUUAAUUUUCAAACUAGCUCGUGAAUGCACUACUUUGGAAUCCCUCAAUAAGAAACUGAAACAAUCUAGAGAAAACAAGACAGAAGAAUCGUCAUCUGAACAAUAA